GGCCAAUUAGAGGAUGGGCAGAAAUUUAUGGAUGAGCAUGUGAGGGGGAUUAGCAGGGUGGGCAUAUAAGAAGAAGCAGCACAAACACCAGAAACACUCAAACUGAUCAGAGACUUUGGACAGAAGCCAUUUGUGUGACUGCGACAACAGAGCAUAAAGAAAUGGGAGACACAGCUGUUGCAGCUCCCGCCGACAAGAAGGGCCCCCCCAAGUUCAAGCAGAGGGCCGCUCGCACCUUCAAGAGCAAGGCCCCUAAGCCAGGCCAGAAGGGGUUCGGAGACGACAUCCCCGGCAUGGAGGGUCUUGGCACAGACAUCACAGUGGUUUGCCCAUGGGAAGCCUUUGGCGACAUGGAGCUCAGCGACCUGGCGAAAUAUGGAAUCGUGUAGAAUCCCUUCUGCGUCUCCUUUACCUCCCUGCACCGAUAUUCCUUCGCCCAGUUUUCCUCCCACUUACCCUCCUCUUCUUCCUCCCCUCCUAAAGUACCUGAUCUGAUGUUUGUCAUUGAGUUAGGCCCACAUGAGUUUUGGGAAACAUUGCACGAAAAAGAAAAACCCAAAGCUGAUCCAAAAACAUGGCAACAUGUAAUUAUAAGAUUAUAUAUUAUAAUUAUUUAUUUAUUUACACACCAAGCUGUCCAUGCUUCAAGCAAAGACUCCAAACUUCUUCCACCCCCUGAUAUUUUUGCACUUGGCUUGUGCAAGCC